AUGGUUUGGGAAAAUGGCGGAAGCAGGAGUCGCGACCGCCUCGCCUUCUGCCAGGUUCUUCUGUCACAAGCACGCCACAGCUACCCGAAUAUGUUUGUCCCCGGUGUAACAGUGGGUUCAUUGAAGAACUCGAGCGAGUCCAAGGUUCUGACAGUGACAGCUCCAGUGAUAUGGAAUCAGAACAGUACGACAUGUGGGAAAUGAUCAGCCAGGAUGUGUCGUCGACAGGGCCAGGUGGGUCAGGCUCAUCAUCUGCCUCGUCCUCUGGCCCUGGACUACGCAGGAACCAGCGACUCAGACACCUCAACCCAAGGCAUGGGAGGAGAGAGUAAAUGGAGGGGACCGCCACUCUGCCCUUGCCCCACUCAUCCAUGACCUCAUAAUGCAAAUGACAUCAGGAGUGAUUGAAGCCAGUGUUGGGGCGGGUGAUUUCCCUGGCGCGCAGGUGGGCUUUGACCUACCGGGCUUCCCUGUUCUUGUUGCGUCCAAUCUUGCCUCGAACCCUGGUGACUAUGCCUGGGGGAGGGGGGGGCUGGAUGCCAUCAUCACGCAACUGAUGAAUCAGCUGGAUGGCACAGGGCCACCGCCGCUCAAUCGGGAUCAGAUUUCUCAGAUUCCCACUGUCAGCAUCACCAAAGAACAGUUUGAUCAGGGUCUCCAGUGCUCAGUAUGUAUGGAGGACUUUAAGGAAGAUGAAAGUGUACGUCGGCUGCACUGCGAACACUGUUAUCACAAUGACUGCAUCAUUCCCUGGUUAGAACUUCAUGGCACAUGUCCAGUUUGUCGAAAGUUAUUGAUAGAAGAUGGCCAGUUUCCCCAUGGUGGAACUGCAUCCUCCGCAAGUACCAGUAGCAACAGCAGUACUGGUCCUGGUCCAAGGUCCUCUAGUUCUCAGGCAGGACCAGCUGCAUCCCCCCCAACUGUUAACAGCAAUGCCUCCCCCGCUUCCUCGUCAACUAGCAACAAUACCCCAUCUUCAAGAUCAGCUCCAGCAAGAUCCAUGUUUGAGGAUGAGCUAGAUUGAUGUUAGGAAAGCCACCUUGUCAGUGAUUACUAUGUCUUUGUUUGCAUCACAGUAUCACCACUGUUGCUUGCUCAACUCCUCUGUGGUGUUUCAGCAAAGGAGAAAAUUGAUUUCGUAAUUGACACAAAUUAUAGAAUAUUGAAGGAAACUAUGAAAUGUGUUCUGGAUUAUUUAUUGCUUAGACAAGAUUUCAAGUAAAUGUAGGGAACUGAGUGAGGUGAAAGAACUGCUGGAGACCAAGUCAGCAGCCUUUGAGAUGUCAUUGUUUUCAGGAGCUGAGUCAAGCCCCAGCUUAUAGUGUUACCUCUUUACAUACAUUGUAAUGUGACAGCACUACGUGUAAUGGGCCAAGAAUACUAGUGAGAAAACUAUGAUGAUAAGCAGCCAUAUCCCAUUGCUCCUAGUGAUACCAAGACCUAAAUUAAAGCAUCAUCACUACAGCAGAGAAAUUGAGAACCAGUAAAUUUUUAGGAAUUUCUGAUUAACACUGAAUACUCCUGUAGUUGCUUCAGGUACAGAGAAAUGGGAUUACAGUACAUGCAUUUUUUCUUUUGUUCUAUCUCUCUUUACUUUUUUCAUUUUCUUUCUUCAAAUUUUGAGGAGUACUGUAAUCUCCAUAUAUUACUCAUUCAAAUGUAAUCCAAAUACCAUAUUUAUAUUCAUGAUAUAUGUUAGGAAAUUGUAUCCAUCAAACAAAUUUCUUCAGCUUUAAGUAAAGACAAGCAACCAAAUAACUUUCAUUGAUGACAGAAGUCAAGAUUGCGCAAGUGCAUUGGAAUUUCAGCGGGACAGAUGUGCUUUGGUAAGCCUAGGGUCUUACAACAAAGUUUAAAUUCAAACAAAACCAACUCAAACUAUUUACUUAGUAGAAGUAAAAUUUUUGGUUGAAACCAUUUUACUUGUGAUUUUGUGAAAGUACACUGGUGUACAAGAUAUGUAAAUGAAGAUUUUUUUUUAUUGUAAUUAUUAAAUAUGAUGGAAACUUUAUUUUGUUUCAUAUAUGAUAUUAUUGUUAUGGAGGCUUGUUGUAAAUAGAAAUGUAAAUGUGUUAAUUUUGAGUUAUGACAUUUACAAUGUGUACAAAAAUCUUGUAUCAAUUAUUUCAUGGCCCCAAAUGCACUUUCACUAGUCGUCCUGUCUCAUGGUUUAUCUGGGGAUUGUACCAUAUUUACUACUUGUCAGAAUAAAAUUACAAAAUCCUG